CCGAGCCGCUAAGUGAAUCUACCUGAUAUCUCCUGCAACAAGAGCGCAGCAUGUUCGAGAUACAGAUUUGAUCGAAAUUUCCCGAGGGCAACCUUCGGGUGUCCCUCCGCCUCCAGCUUGAGCUGGACUGAAAGAAAAGGAAGAGGGAAAGGAACGAGUUCUUCGGUGCCUGUGCACAGUCUAGUUCAAGACUCACGAUGAUAGUGAACGUCCCAUGAAGAUUCCUCCGGCCGGCUGCCCUUCUCUGCCUAAACCAGAAACUAGUGUCACCGAGCAUCGUGGACCGACCACCGUUUGCACAGGUCGCGGAACCUCUACAGAUAAAUUUAAUCGAGUGUCUUUCGCAACGUCCUCCAUCGCAACAUGACGGUAAAAAAUGUAAAAACGAAAUUGAUCCCGCCAGAUGGUGGAUGGGGAUGGGUCGUCCUUUCUUCGGCUCUCGUUGUCAACUUCCUCAUUCCCGGGACCGUGAAGUCAUUCGGCGUCCUCUUCGUUGAAUUUCUUCACGUUUUCAAAGCAUCGUCCACCGCCGCUUCCUGGAUGCCAGCUUUAUGCUACUUUUUAUACAAUUCUUUAGGUCCACUAUCAAGCAUCUUAUCGACGAAGUACUCCUACAAAACAGUAACCAUCAUUGGUGGCGCUUUUGCAGCUUGCGGCAUGAUGCUGAGUUACUUUGCUAACUCGGUUUCCUAUCUAUACGUUAGCUAUGGUUUAAUGGUUGGAAUUGGUGCUGGACUAACAUUUCCACCGACGGUGUACAUCGUGACUUCAUAUUUUGAAAAACUUCGAGGUUUUGCAAAUGGCUUGUGCAUUUCUGGCAGUGCAAUUGGAACUAUCGUAUUACCACCAUUUCUACAAUAUCUUCUUGACUGCUUUGGAUAUAGAGGUGCAGUAUUAAUCAUGGGAGCAAUAACACUAAAUACAUUAGUUUGUGGCUUAUUGUAUCAUCCUGUGGAACAACACAUAAUCACAGUGCCAAUAGAAGGAGGAAUUGACAAUGAAGGAUUAACCAUAGAUGAACCAGUCCUUGAUAAGAAAAAACCAACAGCAUCCACCACAACUGAAAAUGAAACAUCAUAUACUAUCACAAGAUCAAAGAAAGAAGAAAAUUGUCGGACUGAAACUGCAGCAGACAACUCUAAAGUAAAUUAUUGUUUGGAAGAUAAAAACGAAGGAAUAACUGAAAAUAUGGAAACUGAAAUGAAGAAAGAAAACACUUACAAUGAGAAAGAUCCGAGUUCGAACCAAGGAAAUGGAAAUACUAGGGAUUGUCAAAAUGCGGAUUCAGAUUCUUUACGACGAAGAAGUAAUAUCGCUGAAAUCAAUGAAACUACCAAUAAGUUAAAAAAUGAAAACUCAGAGUUAAAUAACCUUUCAUUCAAUAUGGAUAAUGGUGAAAAAAUGUUUAAUAAUGCAAAAAAAGAAUUAGGAGAAUUGUCAGAAAAAUCCACAUCUAGGAUAUCAUUAUCUAAAGUUGAAGUUACAGGUAAACGACAAUUCUUUGAUCUGAGUGUACUUAGGGAUCCAAUUUAUUUAGUAAUUCUCAUUUCAAAUUCUACCUCAGCUAUCAGUAAUACGAAUUUUAUGAUCUUACUGCCCUCUUAUGCAAUUUCUCAAGGAUUUGAUAAAAAUUCCUCUGCAUUACUUUUAUCAGUUGUUUCUGCUCUUGAUUUAGUUGGACGAAUCAGUGGUGCUUCAUUAUCAGAUAUUGAUUUUGUGCCAAAAUAUUAUUACUUUGUUGGUGGUCUUGGUACUAGUGGAAUAGCUUUGGCAUUAUUGCCUAUGGCAACAAGUUAUACAAUGCUUUCCUUUUUUUGUGCAUUAUUUGGAUUGUCUUCAGGUAUGUACAUUGGUAUCACAACAGUAAUUUUAGCAGAUAUGCUUGGAACAGAAAAACUUAGCUCGUCAUAUGGAAUAUCUUUAUUUGUUAAUGGAGUUCUCCAAUUAAUUGGUCCACCUAUUUGUGGUGUUGUAUUUGAGACAGUAGGAACAUAUAAACCUAUCUUUUUAUCUUUUGGUAUUAUACUUAUUCUUGGUACUGCAUUAUGGGCAGUUGUACCUCUUAUAAAGAGAAACAAGAAAACUUUACAAGUUGUAUAA